AUGUACUUGAUCACCUCUUGCUUAAUUGACCAGAUACUAUGCUGGCUUUUGGAAAGCUCACUGCUGGAUUUUGUUAUACAUGGCAUCUGGAAGAUGUUUCUGCCUGUUAAAGCAACUCCCACCAUAACCCCUCUACAUUCAUACAGAUGUACCUACUGGUGGUGACUAGCCUGAAGUCCCAUCCUUACCCCCUUAUUCUUCCAAGAUAUAACACAGAUAUUAACAGCUGCUAAUUGACAAUCUCUAUUGUGA